CUCCAGAUGUGUGUGGCUGCUGAUUGGAGGAGGGUGUACUGGUGGCUGGUCCUCCAGUGGGUAGUAGGUGUGGCACUAGCAGGGCCCUGUGCCCAGUGCUGCGACUGUUUGCCAAAGCUCCUCAUGGUCAACUGUUCAUCAAGACAACUGAACUCUGUUCCCGAGGGCAUUCUGGAAUAUGCCCAGAUGUUGAACUUGACGUAUAACCACUUAAAGACUCUGAUGAAGUGGCAGUUCUCUGGCCUAACACAAUUACGAGAGUUGGACCUUAGUGAUAACAUGCUGACAAUCAUUGAGGUUGAAGCCUUCUUUGGUCUGCAAAACCUCCUGACGCUGAGAGUUUCCCGCAACCGACUGAAGAUUAUAUCAGUUGGAGUGUUUGCUGGCCUUCCAAAUGUUCGACUGCUGGACAUCAGUGAGAACGAGAUCUUGGUGUUCCUGGAUGACAUGUUCCGAGAGAUGCCGUCUCUGCAGAAGCUGGAGGCCAGCGAGAAUGAUCUGGUCUUCAUCUCAAACCGUGCGUUCAGUGGUCUGAUAAACCUGCAAGAGCUGAACCUCAACAGGUGCAACCUGACAUUGGUGCCAGUGGAGGCAAUGUCUCAACUUACGGGCCUCUUGCAGUUGCGCUUCUGCAGAAUGGGGAUCACCACGUUGCCCAAUAACUCGUUCCGCCAGCUGAGCCGUUUGAGGGACCUCAGAGUGUCUCACUGUCCCUGGCUGGACUCGCUAGCCAUCAACAGUCUGAUUGGACUCAAUCUCACCUCCCUUACUCUCAGCCACUGUAACCUGAGCUCCAUACCGUAUUCCCCACUGCACCACCUGGUCUACCUGCGCUACUUGGACUUGUCCUACAACCCCAUUACCAGCAUCCAGUCCAAUCUCCUGGGGGACUUGUUACGCUUACAGGAGCUGCACUUGGUUGGCGCGAAUUUACUGAGAGUGGAACCGGGUGCAUUCCGUGGCCUUGCCUUUUUCCGCCUACUCAACAUGUCUUCCAAUCGGUUGGUGACCCUGGAAGAAUCGGUGUUCCACUCAGUAGCUACACUGGAGGUUUUGAGGUUGGAUGGGAACCCUCUGGCGUGUGAUUGCCGUCUGCUCUGGGUGAUGCGUAGACGUCUACAACUUCGCUUUGAAGGGCAGCCACCAACCUGUGCCUCACCUGUACAGGUACAAGGCAGGAGGUUUGGUGACUUUACAGAAGUUGAACUUCCAUGGUUGUUCAUCUGUCGGCAUUCACGUAUUCUCACUCGUAAACCGCAAGAUGUUCGCACAGAUGAGGGGCAUACUGUCCUGUUGUUCUGCGAAGCAGAUGGAGACCCCGAACCUUCUAUCACUUGGCUGAGUCCGAAACGCUCCCUCCUUACUGGGUCCGGUAGAAUUCGCGUACUAAGCAACGGGACCCUUGAGGUGCGUUACGCACAGGUUCAAGACAGCGGCUACUACCUUUGCAUCGCUUCUAAUGCUGCAGGAAAUGACAGCAUCUCUGUGAGCCUGCGGGUGCGUGGAUUUCCCUCUUCUACUCGAAACCGUUCUGGUCCCUUCUUUCUGGAGGGGUGGAGCUUUGUGUCUGGACAAGCACCGGGCAACGGUUCUCACGGUUCACAGCCAUUUCCAUUUGACGUGAAGACGCUGGUGAUCGCGGUGACCAUGGGCUUCUUGUCGUUCCUGAGCUCAGUGGCAAUCUGUUUCAUCUUCAUGUUUUUAUGGAGUCAGAGCAAAGGCCAAAUCAAACACACGGCAACUAUUGAUUUCGUCCCACGCAGCUCUGCGUCUGCGGGAGGGUGUGGAAGGACGACCAUGGAGACGGGCAGGUUCACGAUGAAGCUGGUCUGA